AUGCGGUAGGUUCCGUGUCAGCCGCGCAGCUGUGCGGGGUCGCACCCAGCCGGCCCGGGGUCCGGAGGCCGCGCGCUUCUGCGCUCGUUGCGCUGCCUGGCAGCAGGGCCCUCCACUCCCCGCGCGUCGGUGUAAGACGGUGGCUUUCGUUACCUUCCGCACCUGCCUGUCCCCGGUGCGGCAGCGUCUCCCGCACCGUGGCUUGGUUGUCCCGAUCUAGCCUCGGCUUUGACACUUCCAGAUCGUCACCGGGGACGCUUGACUCGCCCUAACGGUGCUUGGAGCUGCCCUGUUUCCUAGGGCGUCUUUCUGCGGAGGCCAGAGCCUUGGACACAGCCUCAGGCCCUCCAGCGACAUGGAUCAAAAACUGUUAAAGUUGGUAGAAGAGCUCACAACUUCAGGAGAACCCCAACUGAAUCCUGAGAAAAUGAAGGAACUGAAGAAAAUUUGCAAGUCUUCAGAGGAGCAGCUCAGCUGUGUCUACCGCCUGCUGAAAACACAGCUGACCCAGGACCAUGCUGAGGUCCGCCUGUCCGCCUUCCAGAUCGUGGAUGAGCUCUUCACCAGGUCUCACCAGUUCAGGGUGCUGCUUGUUUCUGACUUCCAGGAGUUCCUGGAGCUCACACUGGGCACCAACCAUGAGCAGCCCUUGCCACCCCCCAGAGAGGCAGCCCAGAGGCUGAGGCAGGCAGCCCUGCGAGCUGUGGAAGGGUGGAAUGAGAGGUUUGGUGAGGCCUAUAAGAAGCUAGCCUUGGGCUACCACUUCUUAAAACACACCAAAAAGGUGGACUUUCAGGAUGUAAAUGGGAGGACUCUGGCAGAAAGGCAGCAAGAAGAGCAGAAGCAGAGGCACUUGGAUAGAAUCUACAGAGAAAGAGCCAAGCAGGCCGAAAGGGAAAUGGAAGAGAUGUCUGCAGAAGUUGGGUGCUGUCUGACGGAAGUGGAGAACUGCUUCAGGCUGCUGGUGCCCUUGGACUUUGACCCGUGUCCAGAAGCCAGCUUCCUUGAUGAGGGUCCCCCUGGUUCCUUGAGCUCAGACUGGGAAGUCCCUCACUGGUCUAGCACUCCUGAUGCCCCAGAUGAGCCAUGCUGCAGCAAGGACCUGCCUGCCUCUGCAUACCACCCGGGGGCCACUGGUGCUGGGGAGGGGCCGCCCCAGGCAGCCACAGGGGACCCCUUGGAGGACGAGGAGCAGCCGUGCUGCAGCAAGGACCUGCCCGCCUCUGCGCAACACUCAGGGGCCGCAGGUGCUGGGGAGGGGUUGCCCCAGGCAGCCGUGGAGGAUGCGCCCCAGGACGAGUGCAGCGGGGAGCAGUUUGUGCGCAGCCAUGGGCUGGGCUCACACAAGUACUCGCUGGACGUGGAACUGCCCUUGGACGGUCUGAAGGUGCAAGAGAAUGAUGACAACCUUGCUGUCCUCCAUGCUGCCCGCGAUGCAAUCAAGCUCAUCCAGAACAAGUUCCUGCCAGCUGUGUGCUCCUGGGUCCAGAGGUUUACCCGAGCAGGGACCCAUGGUGGACACUUAUGGCGUGCCAUCGACUUGAAGGCAAAACUGGAACUUGCGCUGAGAAAGUAUGAGGAGCUUCACGUGCAGCCUGAGUGGGGACCAAGGAGCAAGACUGAAGCCCCAGGGGAUGAGGAGGAUGAGGACGACGAGGACUUUGUGGAGGUGCCGGAGAAGGAGGGGUAUGAGCCCCACAUCCCUGCCCAUCUGCGGGCUGAAUAUGGACUAGUGGCUGAGCACCCUCCUGCCCCGGCCUCCCUGUCUGGGCUGGAGCCCAAAGCCCCUCUGCAGGCUCUGGAGAAAGAUGCAGCUGCACAGGGCUCACAGGCGAGGAAGAGGACGAGAAGGGACGAGGAGGCGUCGGACCCCACCUCUGCUGCUGCCCAGCUGUGGCAGCCCCAGGACUGCCUGCCUCCUGUCCUACCCUCCUCUGUCAGGGCUCCACUGGGACCAGAGGAGGCCCAGAAACUGGCGGAAGAGCGGGCCCGGGCGCCCGUUGUACCCUUUGGAGUGGACCUGUGCUACUGGGGCCAGGAGCAGCCGGUGACCGGGAAGAUCCUCAGGUCUGAGUCUCAGCACCGUUUCUGGAAGCCCCGGGAGGUAGAAGAGGAGGUGGACAGUGCAGAUGUACCUGCCGUGCUCCAGAGCCGCCGCAUCACUUUUGCAGGGAAGUUUGAACCUGUGCAGCACCAGUGCCGGGCCCUGAGACCUGAUGGCCGGCUCUGUGCGCGCCAGGACCGGCUGAAGUGUCCUUUCCAUGGGAGGAUCAUCCCCAGAGAUGACGAGGGGCGGCCCCUGGACCCAGAGGACAGGGCCCGGGAGCAGCAGCAGCCACCACACAAGCAGUCACGCCCAGACUGGCAGGACCCAGAGUUCAUGAGGGAUGUGGAGGCAGCCACAGGGGCAGACCUGGGCUCGUCGAGGUACAGCCAGAAGGGCAAAGGGAAGCGGAAGAAGCACCCCAACCUAACGGACCUGCGAGAGCGAGCCAACACCAGCCGGGCCUGCCUCAGGAAGAAGGUCUUCGCCAAGGCAGCUGUGCGAAGAGUGGUCACUGCCAUGAACCAGGUGGACCGGAAGAAGCAUGAGAAGUUUGCAAACCAGUUUAACUAUGCGCUGAAUUAGAGGCUCUGCCGUGGCCCCUGAUCGUCAGCUCUUCUUCCUCUGCCAGCACAGGGAGGGAGUGUGGGUGUCCAUCUGGGAAGGGGCCUUUCUUGUGUGUGGUCAACAUCAGGGAAUGGUGUGCCAAGAUGCCCUGCAGUGGUGGCCUUCACCUGCCUGGGGGCCACCACCACCUGGUUGCUACGUGUCCCCUGUGGGGCAUCCUGUGAGUUCUUUUGAGCCUGUGCACUGGGCAGUGCGGUCAGAGCCCAUGGACGGGCCCACGGUGGGCAGAGCAGCUCUGGGAGGCCCACGCUCUGUCACUGUGCCCGCAAUGGGAACUCAACCCUAGUGGAGGCCAAGUCCAGGCUUCGGUGGCCCUAGUUCCCCCGCAGGGCUGCUGAGGAGGCCCCUGCCCCCUGCGGAGUGUGGCUUCAGGGGCAGUGCGGGCUCACGCGGCUGCACUCCAGAGCACUCUGCUGCCCUACAGGAGCCGCUGGCCCCUUCCUGCCCGGGUCUGCCUCUGCCUUCUGGACAUUUCAGAUAUGGAGUUGUUCACAGGUGGCCUUCGUCGCGCUACUGCCCCUUGGCGGAUGUUGUCAGACCUCCAUCUGUGGCACCUCAGUCCUCCUUCCUUUGCACCACCUGGAGCCGAGAGGCUCCUCGGGUGUUCCUCUUUUGACCUUUGGGGUAGUCCCACGUUUUGGCCGUUGGGAAUAGCACUGCUGUGAGCGUGUGUGGACAAAGGUGGACAGAGGUUGUCCACACGAGGGAUACACCAGGGGGCAUAGUGACUCCAUGCCCCACCUUUCAGUGAACUGCCAGGCCCCCUUCCACGGGGAGGGUCUCCAUCCUGCACCCCACCAGCAGCCCGCGAGUCCCGCUGGCCUGCUUCCUUACCAAGCUCAGGGUCACCUGACUUUUUAGUUUCUCGCAGUCUUUGUAGACGUGAAGGGUUUGCUCGUGUUCAGAUUUGCAUCUCUGUAAUAACCAACGUUGAGCAUCUUCUGUUCUUAUUGGCCAUCUGUAUGUCUUUUUUGGAGAAAUGUCUACCCAGAUCUUUCCCGUCUUUAAUGGGGUAUGUGUCCUGUGUUGUGAGAGUUUUGCAGAGAGUCUGGAUACCAGGCCCUUGAUACUUGCUGAUACCUCUGUCUCCUGCCUUUUCACCUUCCCGUAGGAUCUUUUAAGAGUCAUUAUUUGUUGAAGUCCAACAUGUGUGUCUUUUUCUUUUGUUGCUUGUGCUCUUGGCGUCACGUCUGUGAUGCCAUUGCUCAUUUCAGGUCACAAAGAUUCGCUCUUCAGUUUUUUUCCUAAGACUUUCCUAUUUUUAGUUUUUAGUCCGGUCUUGGGUCCAUUUUAGGCUGAGUUGUGUAAGGUGUGAGGUGGCCCAGCCUCCUCCUCUUGCACCGUUUGUUGAGAAGCCUGUCCCCUGGGCCUGCCUGGCACCCUGCUGGCCCCCAGUCUGCAGUCCUCUCUCCGGCCGGCCGGCAGCCCUUUACUGCUGCGGUGCUACGGCUUCGGUAGAUUGUGUAUUUGGUGAACAUGAGUCCUUCAGCUUUGUUCUGUUCAGUGUUUUUGGCUAUUUUGGGGUCCUUUGCAUAGAAUGAAUUUUAGGAUUAGUUUGUGAGUUUUGGGGGAAAAAAAAACCCUACAAUUUUGAUAGAGAUUGUAUACAGUCUAUAGAUCAUUUUGGGAAAUAGUCCCAUCUUGUCUUCUGAGUCAUGAAUUUUUGAUACCUUUCCAUCUAAUUGUCUUUAGUGUGUUUUACAGAGUUUUUAUGAGUGUUCAUACAAAAUUGAAGCUGGCUGCAGUGGUGCAUACCUAUAACCCCAGUAACUGGGGAGGCUGAGGCAGGAGGAUUUCAAGGCCAGCCUCAGCAAUUUAGUGAUGUUGGGGAGCAGACAGAUGUGAGUGGUGGGAACAGGAGGUUAAGAGGAUGACUCUAUAACAUGGGCCCACUGUGCCCACCCCCACAUGCUUUAUUUUCUAAGAAGCAAUUUACCUGCAACCUUGCCUGGCCGAAGUGGACAGGAUGUGGCACAUUUCUCAGGAAAUUACUUGUUACCUGCAGGAGAAAUGCAGGCUGAAAAUAAUGUUGAUGAUGGGGCUGGGGCUGAAGCUUAGUGGCAGAGCGCAUGACCCUUAGUAUCACAUAGAACACCUGAAUAAAAUAAAGGCAUUCUAUUCAUCUACGACUACAGAAAAAAUAACAAUGUUGAUGAUGAGGGCGCGGUGGCCACGCUGGUCAUCCCAGUAGCUUGGGAGGCUGAGGCAGGAGGAUCAUAAGUUCAAAGCCAGCCUCGGCAACUUAGUGAAGCCCCAAGCAAUAUAGUGAGACCCUGCCUCUAAACACAAAAAGGGCUGGGGGUGUGGCUCAGUGGUUCAGUGCCCCUGGGUUCAAUCCCUGAUGUAUUAAAAAUGAAAUUAAGAAUUUAUGGUUAAAAAUUCAAUUAGAAAUAGUGAGCAUGGGCCAAGGUGACCUCGAGUUAUAGCAGUGGGUCUUGAAAGAUGAUGUCAUCUGUCAGUCAAGGUGGACUUGGGUGGGACUCUCUGGAAACUUCUCUGGAUCCCAAGUAAAACUGGAGCCUUGAGAGUGUCCCUGUCCCUUUUCCUGGACCUUUCUACCCAUCGUGGGACUGGGGCCUGCCCUCCUCCUGCUCUGAGGAGCCCUGCCCUGGAACAGCAAGACCCUGCAACUCAGUGGGACCCUGUCUCAAAAAGUGAAGGGGCUGGGGACCCGGGUUCCAUCCUCAGCACCCGUAGAAAUGAAGGCAUGGUGUUGUGUCCUUCUACACCAAAAAAUAAAUAUUAAAGAUAAGUAAGUGAAAAAUAAAAAGGGGUGGGGAUGCAGCUCAGAGAUUAAGCACCCUGGGUUCAAUCCACAGUGCCAAAAAAAAUAAUAAAUCAUUCCUAAGUGUUCUUUUUGAUGCUAUUAUAAAUUUGUUUGCUCUCUGAGUUCCAUUUUCCAAUUAUUUGUUUGUUGCUAAUGUAUAAAAUACAACCGAUUUUUGCAUGUUGAUCUGUAUCCUUGCUAAUAAGCUAGUCUGUUGGUUCUAAGUGUGUGUGUGUGUGUGUGUGUGUGUGUGUGUUUUCCAAACACUUUUUUGUGCACAGUCGUGUCAUCUGCAAACGGAGAUCUUUUCCUUCUUCCAUUGCAGGCUGGGUGCUUCCUGUGCCUGUGUCUUGCCUCAUUGCUGGGCUGGCACCUCCUGCCUGGUGAGGACCAGACCUGACAGAGCAGAGGCCCCUGUCUUGCUCCUGAUCUCGGGGGUGGCUCUCGGCCUUUCCCUGCUGAGUGUGAUGCCAGCUGUGUUCUGAAGCAUCACAUUUCCAGAGCGAAGUCCCCUUACUCCUGAUUGUCCCUUUGUCAUGAAGGAUCGUAUUUUAUCAAAUGCUUUUUGUUUCACUGCCAAACGCUUUUUCUCAUUCUCAAGAUGGUGAAAUGGUCUUGCCCCGUUCUCCUGAUCAGGCUGGGGCCUCCCGGAUGCCUCGUGGGUGACACUCUUGCACUCCUGCCAUAGGAUGGGUCCUCUCCUUGUGCUGCUGGGUCUGUCCGCUGGUGUGGUGCAUCUGGAUUCUUAGGGGACGUUGGUUUGUCAUGUUUCUUGUGACAUCCUUGGUAUCAGGGUCUUGCUGGCCUCCCAGAACGUGGUGGGAAGUGCCUCUCUCCUGUACUUUGGAAGUUGCGGGGACCGGUCAUCAUCACUCCAGCCCUGGUUGGGGUUCACCAGCAACACCGUGGCCCUCGGCUUUGUGAGACUCCUUAGCUGGUGGUGACCUGAGUCCGUGGAGCAGCUCACUCUGCCCAGGAGCCGUCCUGCGCCUGGUGACCUGUGCUGGGCGGGACUGCUGCUGCUCACGUCUCCCUGCGCCCAGUGCUUGGAUUCUCUCCCCUGCUCUCGCCCCUUCCUCCCUCCUUCUCCCUUGGUCAGUCUGGCUAAAGGUUCAUGACUUUGUUGUUCAUUCAAAGAAAUGACCACUGGUUCUGUUGAUCGUUGACUUUUCCGUGCUUUAUUCCGCUGAUCUCUACUUCGACCGGCACCAUCUCCUCUGAGUGCUUUGGCUCUAGUUCACUGGGUGUGUUUCCUGAGACAGAAGAGUCGCUUCCUGGCUGCAGCCCUCAGUUUCAGUGUCUACCUGGGCUCUCAUGUGAGCACUCCUGGAUGCUGUGUUCCUGCACUCCUGUUCCUUUUCGCAGUCCUGGUGGCAAGCGCUCUCCCACAGUGCUGUGCCCCAGCCCUUUCUAAAAUCUAAUUUUAAAAAAGAUGAGAAGACUUUAAAGCACCCUGAAUUCAUUUCCUAGUACCCAAAAAUAAAUAAACCUAGAACCUGG